AUAGCGACCGCGCGCCUUUUGCCGCAGGCGAUCAUUUUGAAUCCUCGGAGCAGCUGCUGGCACGGUACAGUCAAGACCACGGAAGCGGUCCGCUGACUGUGCACGCUGCAAUAGCUGCCAAACUGUCGUCCAUGUCAGGUUACGACAAAAAUACCGAGCAGUAUGUGUACGACCCUGAAGCCACAAGACCGAAUCAGGUUCCGACCUACGCGGGCAUUGCACAGCCUUCCUUCGCCUCGCAAUACACCGACGCGCCUGCGCGUCUACCGCAUGAACCUUCGAACGUAGAGGUGCCUUUUAUCCCCAGUUCGACCUACGAGUCACGCGGCGCAGGAGGCUACCAAGCCGAGUCCUCAUAUAUUGAUGCAAGAUCUCGUCAUGCCGCAUCACGCACUGUUACUGAAUCGGAAAUAACCAAAUACGUGUCGCCGUCGCGAGGCACCGCGGGGUCUUCAGUCAUACUCCAUCUCAGAACCAAAUUCGAUCUCGCUGCCGACCAACCUACGUUUAUCCUCAUGUUUGGAUCCAAGAAGUGCGUUGCCGCACUCCAGAAAGUCGAUCCGGACGAUGAGUUCUACAACUACGCUCUCAGCGUAGAGGUUCCUCCAUUCCCAUUAACAAAUUCAUGGAACCCCACUAUGAUGCUCAAGUUGCAGAUGGAGGACAAGAACGGGCGUAUGCUCAACGAAAUAGACGCCGGGAAAUUUACGUUCACCGACAUGUCUCCAAACCUCGCAUACCAAUCCUCUCCUGAGAUCGCCAGAAAGCGCAAGUACUCCACCGAAUUCGGUGACACUCAAGAUUAUUCGGGGAGCGUCGCAAAACGAACGAGCUCCAUGCGCUUUCAGGCGAAGCCGCGCUCGAUGUCCGGAGCGUACUCAGCAGCGUCUCUAUCGCCCCUUCCAACGCAGCCCUCCUUAUCCAGCACAUAUGGCUAUAGCGGUGGAUACGACAUACCCAAGCAGUCCAGCUACACUCCACAGAUGUCGCAAAAAGGCCUAUAUGCUGUUCCUUCGGGCAUUAGCAUGCCACAGACAGAUAUGAAGCCGCCGCAAAUGUCGCCAAACCUACCGUCGUACAGCCAGUACAGCUCUCUUGGGCAAAGCGGCAGAAGCCCCGCUCCUAUGGCGGCAACCCCUUCGAGAGGGAACGUGUUGCCUUCGCCGCCUGCUCUUCCCACGCCCGUCCUAGUCCGAGCCACAACGCUUCCGCAGUCUGGAGGAGCGUCAACCGGACAACCAUUCAAUCCGUAUUUGAUGUAUCCAACGAAGGCGGUCCUCAAGAUCGAGGGUGACUUGGAUAAAAUGGCGGAAGGAUGGACGACCGAAGAGUACGAAACAAGGAGACGUCUUGUAGAAUUCAAGAGGUCGCAGCAUGGAAGUACAAUAACCACGUCCUUCGCUCCUGUCACACUAGAGGCUAGAUCAAACCGAAGCAUCUGUGUUAGUUGCAUCUGGUGGGAGGAAAAGGACGAAUGCUUCAUCACCAGCGUCGACACGAUAUACCUCUUAGAGCAACUCGUCAACGUUCGUUUCACCGUGGAGGAAAAGAACCGCAUCCGAAGAAACUUGGAGGGUUUCCGCCCUCUCACCGUGUCGAAGGCGAAAUCGGACAGCGAGGAGUUCUUCAAGGUCAUCAUGGGUUUCCCAAACCCGAAGCCGCGCAACAUUGAGAAGGAUGUCAAGGUCUUUCCUUGGAAGAUACUCUCGCACGCGCUCAAGAAGAUCAUCAGCAAAUAUUCUGCAAGCUACUCCUCAACAGCUGGCGCUGGUUCUCUCCCCGUUGGAUCCACAUCUAGCUACGUGCCAGUUGGCAUUUCGCAAACAACAGGGGAUACGCAUCGCAACAUGUCACCGCGAUCGGUCGCGAGUUCAGCAGCUUCAAUCGCGUACACAUCCGGUAUGACCUCAACAAGCCUAUCUCCGCACCUCAAGGCAUCAGCAGGCCUGGAAGGAUCAGCUGGGCACGGCCUAUCAGCUUCCCAUAGGGGCCCGGCGGGACAAGGUAUGACUCAAUGGGGAGCCGCCGCACACCAUCAGGUACCGCAAUACACAGCAGGGCUUCCGCAGGGAGGACGCGAAUCCUGGGACUAUGGGUACCUCAACGCCUCUGCUGCGACCGUCGUCCCCCCGGCCGCGCAAUCGAUGCAAAUGCAACGCUCGGACGUUACACCCGACCUGAGCCAAGUGCCAACGGACAAUAAUCCAUACCAGCAAUAUGGUCAGCGCACCACGCGCGUCUAGCAAGAGAAG